AUGUCAUCGUCGUCGCUCGCACCUCCCUUUCCGUCAAGCGACUUCCCGCAAGGCUCGUCCUCAAGCUCGCGACGCCUCGGCCCCGAGGCGGCGUUCGACUCCGAGAUGGAGGACGACGACGUCGACAGCGAGUCCGAGGGCUACAACGUCAAGAAGGGCAAGCAGCGCGUGUUCAAUAAUGCGAACCGCGCCGUCCUGCAUCGGACCCGGGAGCGGCUGAUCAGCCAAGCGACGGGGACCACACCUCGACAACCGGCACCCCCGCCUCCUGCGCCGACGCUUCCUGCGCUGGGCCCGAGUGCCGGACUGGACCAUCCGCGUGUACCAGGAGGUGUGCGCCAGCCCCACAUGUCUGUGUGGCCGGAGGCGACGCUGGUCCAGGCAGCUGAUGCCUGGUCGGACUACGUCCCUCUGAACCAUCACCAGUACUGGGAGUUGGUGCGGUCGGCCAGGGCUCAAGGAGGUGGCGCGUACAACCAUGUACACGACCUCCUUCGUCAAUAUGACGCGAACGGAGCCCUGGGCGCGUUCAACUACCUCCACCAGCUCAAGAUGAGCUGGUCGGACCCGCACCAGGCGGAGACACGAUCGCAAGCCCGUCGCGCUCGCGACUUCGGGAGAGAAGCGGUUCAUUCGAACCCCUCUCGCAUCGAGAAGAACCCGGGCAUGCGGAACCUGAGCCGGACGGACCCGCCGGAGAGGUGGUUGGAACCAACCCGGGAUCACACCCGGGGCCACAUCCUCCUGCGCGCUCUCAUCCCCAAGCUCAAGGGCGCCCAGCAGUCGGCCGAGCGCGCGCGGUUCCUGGAGGUCACUGCCCAACUCUUCUCGAUCCCCGGCCUCUAUCGACGAAUCGUUGACGAGGGCCACUACCCCGAAGGUACGGUGGAGCGACUGCUCCCCUACCCGGGCCAGGUUACCAACAUGUCGAUUUUCAACUUGGCGGCUUGGUACGCCCAUUGCGGGCUCAGCGCGGCCUCCAUUGCGCUUAUGCAGCCAAUGGCGGUACGCAUGCGCCAGUACUACGAGCGCCGCAACCCCAACUCAGCGGAGGCCUUCCUCCAAUGGCCGCGCACCGUGGCCGAAGUCACAGCUGUGCCCGUGCUCGCGGAACUCGCGUUGCAAGUCGCGGCACUGCAGGAAAACCCAGAUGCGACCACUGGUCACGCGACCGCGCCUCUCCCCCUCGUAAUCGAGGGCGUCGACGUCGACGAAACCAUGGGAGAAGCGCAUGGGAUUGGCGAGGGCCAGGCUGAUGAGCCGGGGCCCAGUGGUACAGUACUGUCGACCGACGCCCCGGGCCCGUCACCUCCCUCAGCCUGA